GCACCUCUCCUUCUUCAUCCUCUCCGUCCAUCCCCACGGCGCCUCCUGUCCUCCUGCGCCCGCCCUGCCGCGCCCCUGGUUGCUGCCUGUCUUUUAUCUGGCCCCCAGGCUCAAUUGUUGCUUCAAUAUUCAUCGUUGCAACCAUCCGUGGGUUCCGCCGUGGGUCGUUUUUCUUGUGUGCUUGAUUCUCGCGAAUUUUUGAAGACAGUCCGGAGUCGAUUUGAUACCAGAGACCAAUCAAUUUGGUUUUUUUUUUGUUCUAAAAAGAAAAGGAAGAGUCCUCGUUAUAUAUUGUCCGCCUGCCUAGAGGCCGAACGGCCUCGCACCACCACGGCGGUCCGUCAGCCAUGUUUCGUCGUCGGCGGAGCUCGUCGCAUCAUCAGCCCCUGAGUACCGCCUCCUCGCAGUCCGCCCAGUCCGCUGCCACCCAUGCCUUCCUUAAAUCCCAACCGUCGACGACGAGCCUCUCGUCUGCGGCCGCGGCCGCCGCCCUGCGGAGUCUCACGCCGACUCCAACUCCGGUCGACCAGGUACAGACCAAACGCAUGCAGCGCCGUUCCUCCGUCUCUGCCCACCCCAACCCGGCUGCCGCGGGGAGCCGUCCUGGCAGUGCUCGUGCCCUGCGUCGCUCCAGCAGCUCCGGCUCCAUGACCUCCAGGACUUUUCGAGACCAGUCGCCUCGGCGGCCCGCCACCAGUGGAGGGCCGGUCGAGGUGCCGCCGCCCCUGCCGGCCAUGCCCCAGGCGUUUUCCGCCCGCAAAGAAGCCCCUCGACGUUCCGUGAGCAUGGAUCCCUCGAUGCGCAUGAAUCCUGCCGCCGCCAUCAAGACCAGGCAGUCGGGGCGGGGUGUUAGUGUCGAUCGAGAAGCCAAGGCGAUCUCGGCUAAACCGCCGCCGCACCGCACAGUGCCCAUGGGUACUCUGCCGGAGGUCGAGCGUUCGGCGAGCAGGAACUCGAUCAAUUUUUCCUACCCGAUCAAUGCGCGGAAUAGCUCGCCUCGCCAAUCGCCCGUCCUCUCGAAUUAUCCGAAUCCAACAACUGCCACCGCCGACCAUGAGGAUCGAGCAUCUCCCGUUAACGGGCUGUCGUCGGCAGAGGUGGGAUUUGUCCAGGAAUCAGUCAUCCAGGCGUCUAACCGGCCCGUUCGGAAGAGAUCGAAGCUCCUGGCCCCCGGCAGCGUGGAAGGAUCCCAUCUCGCGGCAACAUCGGCGGGUGUACAGCCCACAGAAACGGCGGUCGCUGCCGCCCAGGCCGCGAGCGUUAACGGCAACGGCAACAAGAGACCCGAGCCGAGAUACGAUGCAUACACCCGCGUCGCUUCACCUGCAGGAAGCUCCGACCACACCGACUCUCUCCCUUCAUCACCGUCGUCGCAGAAGGCACAAUCUGACCCGGGUGUCCGUUGGGACCCGCCCACGCGUCCCCCUUUUAAGAAGCGCCCGUCGACCGUGCCGGAGGAAAAGGAAGAAGAGCAGCGGGCGGAGGCUGCCGAGACCGGAGAUGAAUCUAUUGUUCAUCGAAGUGGUGGCAAUGUCGCCAAUGGAUUGUUCACCGGUCCGCAACAGGCCAGACUGGCCGAGGAGCAUCAGGUCUCAUCGGCCGCGAGCUCUCUGCAGAGCUCACCGAUCGGGGAACGGGCGGUCGGCUUACAUUCACUGGGCGAGUCACGACCCAUCAGCCCGACGGUUGCAUCUCGCAUGGCGGAACUCCACCCGGAGAGUUCGCAGGUCCCUGCCCGCCAGUCGAGUAGUCCCGGGCGAUCGGCGAGAUUUGCCAAUCGCCUGUCAGUCACCGGAGCGGGUGAUGUGCUGCACGAACCGCCCCCCCGAUCGGUCUCGCCGGCCAAAUCUGCGUUGAAACAUCCUCAAAAAGACUCGUUGUCCCCAGACAGACGACCCGGCAUCACGGUCCGUGUCGGGCAGACCCCCAGUGAGAUUUCCGAUGCUACCUCCAUUGCAUCCGAUGAAGGUUCCCGGUUGGGUUCUCGGAAGAAGCAUGCCAAGGUGAGCUUCGACGAUGAGGCCGAGGUCGUCGGCGUGGCGGCAAGCCCUCCCACGUCGCCCGAGGAUAUCACCCCGGACUCGUCGCCACCGGGCAAGACCAAGUCCAAGGCGCAUUGGUUUAGUAUGGGCCGCAAGAAACCCCAAGGUGGCCUAGACCUCGCCGACGGAGACGAGUUUGGCGACGUUCUCCGGCCCCGUCCCGCCCUCCCAUCCUUUGGCAGUAUCCGUGGAGCAACGAGAGACCUGAACCAGGUUCUCACAGAAGAUCCUAUGAGUGAUGAUGACGAAUCAAUCGCUUCCUCCACCCACGCGGAGACGAGAGCUCUGCCUCUCUCCAGUGAUCACGCGAUUGGUGGUAUUCUCGUUAAUGCCCGUCCAGCAGCUGACGCGGUCCCCGAGCAUCAUGCUCCUGACAAGCUCUCCGAUACUAACACUACUACUACUACUACGACUGUUAAACCUUUUGUGGAUGUGACAGGCGUGCCUGCAGUGGAGAUUGAAGAUGCAUCUCCAGUCUCGUGGCCCGGCGAUGAUGACCGCCAUAUACCCGCGCCCACUGACGCGGAAACCGAUAAAAUUGUCAGAUCAAAUUUACCUAUACCCAUUAUUGCAGUGCAACCGGCUUCUCCAGAGUUGGAGAAGGAGAGGUCAAGCCUUGAGCUCUACCGGGUACCUGGAGGUUUCCCAAGAUCAUCAACCCAUGAGACGCUUGUCAAGGCCACCGCACCUAAUAAUCAGCCAGCGGAGAAAGAGGCUCCUCCGCCCGAGGCACCUUUGGAGAAUCAUACAAUCGACAUUGAAGAUGAUGAUGACUCAAGUAUUUACAGUGAUGCCGCAGAAGAUCUGCUCGACAUUGAGGGCGAUGGCUUCGGAUCAAUCAACGCCGUUGUCGAGAGCCCAGAAGAGCUGCAGCCAAUGGGAUUGGCUCUGACUACUACUUCUGCUGCUCCGCCCUCUCCUCCCACAGCAUCAGUUCUCACGCGAGCUGAACCUGCGUCGCCAGUUUCUGACGAGAGAGUUUCUCCAGUGCGCGCCCAAGCCAAUGCUAGAAAUACCAACAAGGCGCCAUCACAGUCUACCCGGCUGUCAAUGGUCGUGGCUCCCGAUCCGCCAUCAUCGAAGAACGACACGGACGCCCUGCCGUUCGUUUCACCGUACCCUCCAUUUCCCCUGGCCGGCAAAAAUAACGCAGGAGAACCAUCACGUUCUAAUGGAAAUGGGAAAAAGACCAAGCGACCGAUGUCCGUGGAUGCUUACGGGAGUACUACUACUACUACUACUACUACUACUACUCGACUGCGCGACGCAGGACCUAUCUCGGAUGGUCGGACCAACGGUAACAUGACAUCUCGCGCCGCGCCCACCGCUGCGCCGGAACGACGUAGCAGUCAGAGACCCGUGUCUAUGGGUCCGGGCUUGCAGAUCAACGGACGGCCCAACGGUCAACCACGGAGGACGAUGUCGAAUGGAAGCGACUCGUCGAGUAGUUUCAAACGAUCUCCUUUACCACCGUCGAGGGCGCCGGAGAAGAAGAUGUCCAUGAGACGGACGAUGCGCGACGGCAGUCCCCGGGUGCAGUCUCCCACGGCGCGCCCGAUGUCGCCGAACGAGCGGAAGCCCUUUUCAUCCGCUGUAACAACGGGGUCGAUGCGCACUACGAUGCGACGAGGCGGCGAGAAGCCAGCUGCCUCCUCCUCCUCCAAGGCCAACAACGCCAAUACCUCAUCGCGAUUGACAAAGGCCUCUGCAAUCCGCUUUGGGUCCCGGUUUGAUGACUCGGACGACGAAGGGCACGCGCCGCGGACGUUCCGCAGUCGGUUUGCGGACUCAAGCGAUGACGAAGACGAUCAACCGUCGGUCACGAGGAGUAGGCACCUGCGGCCUGUCCGUGGAAUCCCGCGGCAGAAUGGCGCGCAUGACGGGGACUCGACGGAACUGGAAGACAGCUCGGAUGAUGAUGAUGAUGAUGAUGAUGAUGUCGGAAAAAGGCCCGCUGCGGCCUCCGCUUCGAUCUCCGCUCCCCGCCCGGGCCUGAAGCGCGAGAGACUGUCGGAUCCAUCUGGACUGGCCGCUGUGGCGCGGUCGCGGGGUGUGACUCGCGAGGAACUGCAGGACCUGAUGCGGCAGCCGAGUCGGAAAUCCGGUCUUCUGAGCCGGUUCGGACGAUCGAAGAAGCCGUCGAUGUCGGCGAAGAACGCCAAGUCCGGCGAAGAGUUUACGCCUCAUUACGUCGCGACGGUGACUAGCAACAUGCCGGUCGAGUCGCCCAGCUCGUCGCCUCGACUGCAGAAACGGAUGUCCAAGAAGCCCCCGCCGCCGCAGCCCAAGUCGACCCCGACCCCAACAACGACUUCGAACAACUCCUCCUGGCCGCUGCGCGGAGAGUCCGACCGGCCUCGCACGGCGGACGGGGCGGGACCCAGAGUCCUGUCGCAGAGUCCUGUUCCGUGGGAAUCACAGGUGGCCACGUCGGACGUGAUGAUCACCGGGUCCGGGCGGAAGAAGCGGUUUCCAUCUCUGCGGAGAGUGUUUGGAUUGCGAUGACUAUCCGUGCAUGGAGACUCAUAUUUCGUACUUUGAUGAUUGGCCAUUUGACUUUUGACCUUCUCUGACAUAUUACUUUGAUCUUAUUGACUUUUUGACGAUUCAUGUACAAGAUACAAUAAGACUGAGGACAGUCUUGUUUUGAUACCCGAUAUAAUUAUUACUAUUAUUAUUACUAUUACUAUUAUUAUUAUUAUUAUUCAAUAUUUUCA